AUGGAUCGUACUGCAGAUACGCGUCGCUCAUUAGUGGAGUACAACCACUCAUGCGGGAUUGGGCUCCAGAGUAGGAUCGAGGUCUCAUAUGGUUCAAACCGAGUGAAGCCUAUCAACGAAAGCAUGCACGUUGUAGCUCCUUNCUUUGCUCGUCGUCUACGUUUGCCUAGAUACCUGGCCCCUAAGUGGCAAGCUAAGGGCGAAGGAGUGAAGCAAAACGACUUACAGGAAAGGAACGAAAGGGAUCUAGAAGCGGGUGAGCUCCCCGGUCUGGGAGUUAAAGGCAAGCAGUACUCCCUGUAA